CCUCAAAACCUUUAUUUCUAUACACCCAAGUCGCCACCCAAAAUUUUAUCUUAUCCCAUAUAGACUCUACAGGAUUGCAAAUAUCUUCGAAAAGUCUGUUAUUUCUCUCAAGCCAUAAGGCCCAAAAAGUUGCCAACACAGUACUUUGCCAAAGACGAGAAACUCGCCUGCCACCCCCUAACUUAGUGAGAAACAAUUGAGAACAGUUAGAUGGCCUACACCAAAGAAUACCAAACUCAGCUAAGACUUUACCCCACACUUCUCUUGAAAAAUGACACUCCAAGAAUAAAUGACUAGUGGAUUCCCCUGCUUGCUUACAACAAACGCACCAAGCCGGAGACAAACAAUGAUUUCAAACCUCCAGGACAGAAAAAAGACAUAAAGUUCAUCAUCAUUGGAGCAGUUUCAGCUUUUUGUCUUCUUUUCAUAAGUUCUGUCAUUUUUUGGUGCAAAUGCUAUAUUGGAACCAAGGAAUCUAGGGAUAAAGUUGGUCCAAGAAAUCUGCUUCACAUACACACAAGAAAAUAUGGAUUAUCGUUCAAUGUUUCUCCAUCAAAUUAUUUAAAUACAUAUAUACACAUCUAAACAUAUCUGGUUUUUCUACCCAUGGAGGCUACUUACUGCAGCAUUGCUUCAAAGUCGUAGGUAACAGUAAUUACAUUAGAGACGAAACAUGAAAACAGUAAAGUGGGGUUCAGCUUUGAAUUUUCUCAAUCAUAUUUUCAUGGGGUUGGUGAAGAAUAUUUUCAUGGGGUUCCAGACUUAACUAAUAUGAUAUAUGUAGCCCAAAAUAGCUAAUUUUGAAGAAGUUGGUGAGCAUCAAAAAUGGAUUCUGAAAGUCUUAGACGUAAGUUUACCGUACUACACUUACUGUUCAUGUUCUUCUUGGCUCCAUUCAAAUCCAAUGCCCAAGCUGGUACUACUCUUCCACAGUAUGAAGUGGAAGCCAUUAGAGAAAUGGCUGAACAAUUGAACAAGAAAGACUGGAACUUCAGUGACCCUUGUAGUAGCAAAUCCACUACUGAUAUCCCACGUACAGAUCAGUACAGCAAUGUUAUCAUCUGCAAAUGCUCCAUCUCUGCUACUGAGUGCCAUAUCCAUAGCAUUACUUUUACAGGACAGGAUCUUGAUGGUGAGCUUCCAUCAUCACUAUGGAAGCUACCUUACCUCAAGGAAGUUAACUUAAGCUGGAACUUCCUCAGUGGUUCAAUACCGCGAGAAUGGGCUUCAACAAAGUUGGAACGACUGCUCAUUAGUGUCAACAAUUUAGCAGGACCAAUCCCUGGCUAUUUAGGAAACAUAACCACUCUCACACAUUUGGUCUUGGAGAGCAACUUGUUUUCUGGAACUAUUCCCUCUGAGCUUGGGCAAUUGAACUUGGAAGUCUUGAAUCUUAAUGCAAACAAUCUCACUGGAGAGUUCCCUAUGGCUCUUAUUAGUCUCCCAAAGUUAACUGUGCUUAGGAUCAGUGGUAAUAACUUCACAGGAAAGAUGCCUGAGUUUGGCAACUGGAAACAACUUCAGAAAUUAGAGAUUGAAGGAAGUGGUUUCAACGGGCCAAUCCCAUCUAGUCUAUCUAACUUGAACAAGUUAACAGAACUAAGGAUUAGUGACUUACAUGGGGAAAGCUCAGAUUUUCCAGACUUGAGAAACAUGACAAACCUAGAUAGAUUGAUGUUGAGGAGCUGUAAUCUAAGAGGAAACAUUCCUGAAUAUAUUCCUACUUUGACAAGUCUAUCUGUCUUAGAUCUUAGCUUUAAUAAACUAGAAGGGCCAGUUCCAAAUUUUGAAAAUAUAAGGCAUUGGAUACAAUGUAACUUGCUCAGUGGGUCUAUUCCAGAGUGGAUCAAUCUCAGAGAUAGUCGCUACCAAACAGAUCUUUCUUACAAUAACUUUUCAGAGGUAUCUGAACCAUCUACUUGUCCAGAAACUUUCAAUCUCUUCCGGAGCUCAUCUGGACAGAAAAACAACUCAAUGCUCAGCAAGUGCUUGACUCCAUGUUCAAGAGAUCAUUAUUCAUUAUAUAUAAAUUGUGGUGGAAAAAAAACCACCAUUGAAGGCAUCAUGUAUGAAGGAGAUGAAGACAUGGGAGGUGCUGCAAAAUUUGUCCAUAACUCAGACAUUUGGGGGUUCAGCAACACUGGUGAUUUCUGGGACGUAUGGAGUACCACAAAGGAUUACAUAGCAGAAAAUGUGUCUAUACUCAGAAUGAACAAUUCUGAGCUUUACACAACCGCGCGUCUCUCACCUCUUUCACUAACUUAUUAUGCUCGUUGCUUAGCAAAUGGAAAUUAUACUGUGAAACUGCAUUUUGCAGAGAUAGUAUUACGAGAUAACAGAUCUUAUUACGGUGUUGGAAGGCGAAUAUUUGAUGUUUAUGUUCAGGGAAACCUAGUAGUGGAAGAUUUCAACAUUGAGAAGGAAGCUAAUGGAAUUGAUAAGGAAUUUGUCAAAGUAGUUAAGACAAUUGUGAGUCAUAAGACACUAGAGAUUCGCGUUCAAUGGGCUGGGAAAGGGACAAGGAAUGUUCCAAAGAGAGGAAUGUAUGGUUCUUUAAUUUCAGCUAUUGCAGUGGAGCCUGAUUUCAAUCCUCCAAUAAGGACCAAAGCAACAAAGUCCAUCAUCAUUGGAGUUACUACAGCUGUUCUUCUCCUUUCUAUUGCUUUAUGCAUUCUUUGGUGCACCUCUUUCGGAAGGAAGGAAUCAAGGGAUGAAGUUUUGAAAGGAUUAAAUCUACAAACUGGUUUCUUUACCUUCAAACAAAUUAAAGCUGCCACUAACAACUUCGAUGCUACAAACAAAAUUGGAGAAGGUGGAUUUGGGUCAGUCUACAAGGGUGUGUUAUUAGAUGGCACUAUUAUUGCAGUUAAGCAACUUUCUUCCAAAUCAAAGCAAGGGAAUCGUGAAUUCAUAAACGAAAUAGGCAUGAUUUCUGCUUUACAACACCCAAAUCUUGUCAAAUUACAUGGAUGUUGCAUUGAAGGAAAACAAUUGUUGUUGGUAUAUGAAUAUAUGGAGAACAAUAGCCUUGCUCAUUCCUUAUUUGGUCCUGAAGAUGGUGAGUUGAAAUUAGACUGGGAUACUAGACAAAAAAUAUGCAUAGGCAUUGCAAGAGGUCUGGCUUUUCUGCAUGAUGAAUCAGCACUAAAAAUUGUACAUAGAGACAUCAAAGCCACAAAUAUUCUACUGGAUAAAGGCCUUACUCCAAAAAUAGCUGAUUUUGGUUUGGCAAAACUAAAUGAAGAGGAAAACACCCACAUAAGCACCAGAGUUGCUGGAACUAUAGGAUAUAUAGCCCCAGAAUAUGCCUUAUGGGGUUACUUAACUGAUAAAGCAGACGUAUAUAGUUUUGGUGUUAUGGCAAUUGAAAUUGUGGCUGGCAAAAACAACAUGAGAUAUCGCCCAAAUAGAAACUUUGUGUGCCUUCUAGACUGGGCUAUUUUCUUACAAGGAAGUGGAAAUCUAAUGGAGGUGGUGGAUCCAAAGUUGGGGUCUAAAUUCAGAAAAGAAGAGGCAAAAAGAAUGAUUGAAGUAGCUCUAUUAUGCACAAAUCCAUCACCUUCACUUCGUCCCACCAUGUCUAUGGUAGUGAGCAUGCUUGAAGGUCAGACUCUUGUUCGUACGUUGAGUUUGCAACCAAGUGUUCAUAGCGACCAAUCAAGAUUCCAAGCCUUGACAGAAUACAUGGAUCAGUUGAGAGAUGCAAAUUCAGGAGAUUCUUAGAGAUUUUUUUGUGUUUAUUCUUCAUUUUUACAAGAAUUGGCUCUUCCCCUGUGUUAAUUAGACUAUUAUGUCCCACGUGGAAUGAGUGUAAGAAUAUUGAACCAUUAAUAAGAACAUGUGUAACUCCACUAAUAACCAAUUGAUUUUUAGAUUGAGCCU